AUGGCGUCCAUCAGUGCGUGGUGCCAUUCAGAAUUCCCCACAAUGCAGUUCAGGAAUUGUGUGAUGGGAAGCAGCAGAGAUUGGCCAUUGAACAUCUGCUACUCGCAUGGCACUGUGCACUAUGCAUGGCAUGGUUCAGCAGCCACAGAAGUUUGCUUGCUAAUGUCCGCGACGAUCAUUGCGCGGUUGGCGACAAGCGAGCUCCAGGACCUCAUGAAACCCAUGCACGGAUUAAGAAAGCCGGAGCUGUUUGUAGGAUGUAGCACGUCUCUCAGCGCUGAGAUUAGCGCUAGCACAGGAAACUGCAGUGGCCUCGAAAGCCACUACUCCCAGCCUGCGGGAGGCUUUUCUGGUAAGGCCAGUGUCAAAACACAAGAAUUGGACAUUAACUGA